AUGAAUAGACGUGCCGCACUACCGCGACGUCCCCGCGGCAGCAGCAGCAGCAGCGGCAGUGGACGCCCGGAUCUUGAUGCCUGCAUGGCGGCCAGCAGUCAGUCAGCAUCCUGCCGCGCCAGAAGCGACUCAACAACAACCAUCCAUCAGCCUCAAAAGCCAAAAUACGCGAGACCAGGUGCGAAAUCGACGACGCCACAACGUCUAAUCACCUCUCGCCACCGCCAAGUUCAACGAGAGCGCGCCCAUCAUGCGAGACCGAGUCCCCUUCCACUUUCGCUUCCACCUCGCCAUGUCCCGCACCGCGUCUCGCCCGCUACCCGCCGUCUCACCACCUCAAGCAAGUGGACGCCCUCAAGCCGUUCAUCCGCACGCCCCAGCAGAAAAGGAAAGUAA